GUCAUAUCCAGUACACAUUUGGAGUAGCAUCAAUCAGGAUCAUCAUUUCCAUUGCACAUACAAUAGUUACAUUCAAGUAUUGAAUGGGUUCCCCAUUACUUACAGAAAGUACUUUUGUGUAACUUUCUGUACUUUUCACAUUUUCAUCUAGUUUUCAUUAGGGGACGCUUCCCCUUUUUUGCAGUACCUUUCAUCAUGGCAGCUUCCAAAGUGGACUCAAAAUCAGAAGCUACCGACACUGAACUGGUAACCCCAGAACAUGAGGAGAUCCUCAACAUAAUAAGUGACUCACAGCGUGGACGAAUGAAUGAACAGCGUUGCUCCUUGAGUCCUGUUAAAACUAGACAAAUCAAAACUACACCUCCAGGUUCAAACUAUGGGGGACAACACCUUAAUGAACUGAGAGUGUCAUUGCCAGGGUUAAACUACCAGGAACCUUGGAGUACUAACCAUCACAGCUCUGCACCCCAGAUUUCUGUGACAGAGAGUACUCCAGAUAGAAAUAGGAAGCUUCUGUUGGUACCAGAUAACCAAUUAAAGGAAGAAUUAACUGAUGAACAACAGCAGUUCAUGAAUAUGAUCAGCCAAGGCCAGUCGGGACGCAUGGACGACCAGCGCUGUUUCUUGGAUUCAAGCAAGAGUGCUCCCUGCACACCCAAACACACAGACGGAAAGCCUGCUGCAUGUACAUCAAGCACAGGUCAAGAUUCUGAAAUGUUUUUCAGCCUCUUGGCCAGCACUCAGGGCCGACGGCUUGACGACCAGCGAGUGUCUCUUCCGUCAUUACCAGGAAUAAAAAAGGAAAAUGCCACAUCUACUGCAGUAGGGGAUUCAAGCUACUUGUGUUACAUGGUCUCUAAAGUCCAGGAUUCCAGAAUGGAUGACCAAAGGUGUUCACUACCUCAAGACCUUACCCCGGCAACCCAGUGUUCACCAAAAAAGGAUACAUCUGCAUAUGCUUCAGGUCCUCCACGUUCAGCUUCAUUCAGCCCCGGUUCAGACAUAGGUCGACCAAAGACUGAAGACAAAGCAUCUCAAAAACAGGCCUUGACUCCAGCUAAUCGGGAAGAUUUUUUGUACUUAAUAAGUCAAUCCCAGCGUGGGCGAAUGGAUGAACAGCGAUGUGUCUUAAACGUUAGUCCCCAGUCCACACCCAAACACAAACCCAGUCAGAGCACCUUUUCCAAAGGUCCAGAUUCUGAAAAAUUCUUUAGCCUGCUGGCCAACUCUCAGGGCCGACGUCUUGAUGACCAGCGAGUGUCUCUUCCUUCGUUGCCAGGGAUACAGAAUGGAGGUACCACAUCAACCGCUGCAGAGAUGGAUGCAAGCUACUUAUGUUCCAUGGUCUCCAAAGUCCAGGGCUCAAGGAUGGAUGAACAGAGAUGUUCUUUACCCCACAUCUUCCAAAAUAUGGGUACCCCAUUUACUCAACGCAAAGAGCAUCCCAAAUCAGACGCACUUGAUAAACCUCCCCAAAGGUCCAGCUCCUAUUACCGUACCAAACCUGAACAACAUCAGCAGGGGGCAUCUCCAGCUGAACAGGAGCAGUUCUUACAAAUGAUAAGUCAUGCACAAGGUGGACGUAUGGAAGAGCAGCGCUGCUCUUUACAACCCAGCAGAAGUACACCUGCCACACCCAUGCACAAUGGAAUUGCUUUAACUAGCGUAGCCACAGGUGCAGACGCUGACGAAUUCUUGAAUAUCAUAGCCUUCAGUCGGGGACGAUGGCUAGACGAUCAGCGUGUUGCACUUCCUAACCUGCAAGGGACAUGUGGGAAUUCUGGAAUAAAAGAUAAUGGUAAAAAUGCAAAGGCUGGAAUCCAAGUUUCACCACCACACAUCACUGUGGCUGAAAGUACACCAACAACAUCAAGGAAGGACUGUUCCACACCUGUCUCUCAAUCCCAAAUGGGUUAUGCAGAGUCUGGCUCCCCCAGAGCCUUACCCAAAUCUGCUUCAUUUAACACUGCAACAGAAUUUCAGAAGAAGCUAAAUUCCCCAGCACAGAUGACAGUGAGGGUGUCCAUGAGCUUCACACCAGAGCAGGGACACAGGAAUAUCAACCAACCAUGUACAUUCCCAGAAGUCUUCCUCACUCUAGGAGCCCCUGGAGAUAACCUUGUGAUCCCUCUUAGCCCACGACCUGACAGACCCCUGUCCUUCAACCUGAACCUUGUCCCAAAAGAUGUCGAGUCCAGGCACAGCUCUCCAAGCCGUGCAAGUCCCAGAAAAGCCCACUCAAGGCCGUCAUCUCCCAACCGACAUGAACAGGGGAGCAUGACCAGCCCCAUCAGUCCAGAUGAAGACUACUUCUCUCUGGUUGAGAAGGUUCACACAUCCCAGCUGCAGAAGGGAAUGACUCAAGGAGGACAAAAGGGGAAAGGGGAUCCUGGAAAGGGGAGGGAAAAAGCUGAGCAGGGAAAGGGUGGUGGAAAGAAAAUUAAGAAGGAUGGUGGCAACAAACAAUAGUCAGGUAUGCCACAAAUGAUCUAUUGAGGAAAUUAAUAGAAAUGCAAUGUGAGGUGUCUGUAAAUGACUUGGAUCGAAAACAACUGAUGAAUAAGGUUUAUAAAAUUGUAUCUGUAUUGUGAAUAUGCCCGCACUAAUUAGAAUCUCUUGCUGUAAUACAACUCAACUUUAUUCAGUUUUUAUUUUCGGGACUGGGUAGGUAAUGGUAUUUAAUUUAUUUAAUUUCAUUGCUGGUUAAUGUUCCAUAUACAUAUACGCUAUCUAUUUUGUUUCAAACUUAGUUGUGUGGAUGAGAACUCUUUGCUUUGCGUAAAUGCAAUGUGUACAGUUAAAGAUUAUACUGUUUAAGCUGCUUAUCCAAAGAGAGAAAUUGUAGAAAGGAUUAAAUUAAGUUGAACUGCAUCAUUAUCCUAGAGAGACUUGUAACAUUUUACAUUAUUACAGAGCUAUCAAUUCACUACAAUUGACUACUGUUUUCAAGAAAUCAUUGGUGCGCCUCAACCACACAUGAUGAAAAAGAAAGAGAUGAAAUUGCAAUGAUAUUAUGAGCAAUAAUUUGCCAGUUUGGUCUUCAUAUUGACACACAGUCUUAUCUAAGCCAAGUAGGUUAUCUGGGGUUGAACAUGGCAAAGAAAAAGUAAAAAAAGAAAACUGAGUACUUGAGACAACAUUGAGAUUAAC